UUUCGUAACUCUGUGUUUUUGUAAAUAUUUCAAAAUUACCAUUGAUUCUACCUUUAUCUAACACUCAUUAAAAGUAAUUAAUUAUCGUCAGAGUAAUAACCGUAUGACCUGCAAUCUGGCUAUAUAAGGGAUUUUAAUCGAGCAGCAUUCCAUCGAGACUCAUAUUGCCCUUUCGGACAUACAUGAUGCGUACACUGGUGGUUUUGUCGGUGUUGGUAGUUAUUGCGGCGGCUGCACCAGGGGACCGCUGUUGCUUGAACACCACGUUUUCAUUUGUUUUGCGGGGAACACCAAUUGCUGGAAUGAACACAUCGACGCCGACGAUUCAAUCGCAAACUCAGUUGUUUGACUACGACUAUGACAGAAUGAUUCAACGAGUCGUCGUGAACGGAAGUAGCAUCUUCCCGCCAUCAUCAUUCGGUUACUCAGUGGUGAUUUACAACGACUUCAAACACUCAAAGGCAUAUAAUGUACAAAAUGGCGCCUGCACGGAGGAGCCCUUGACUGCCUCGCAAUCACCACAUUGUAUUCCAGACUCAUUCACGAAGAUUGACUCUUACACCAUUGGUCAGAACGGCGGCUUGAAGCGACUGUCAACGUGGUCCGGAGCUGUAGGCGGUGACCAAAUGAUCUUUGAUGUAGAUGAGAAUUGCACACCUAUCACAAUGACUACCAUAGGAAGUGGUGGUUCAUUCGUCUCGAGCUUUCUAAUCACUGACGUCAAAAAUGGCCUCCUGAGCAGUUCGGACGCCUUGGAAAUUCCGCAAGCAUGCAAACAUGGCGCAGGCGCAGUAGGAAAAUAGAUGUUCAGGCGAAAAAAACAACGAGCACAAUACCAGCAUAAACAACAUGUAGUCAUAUUGGCAUUUUAAUCAACCUUAACUCCACAUGAUCAAAUGAUAAAUAAAUAUUUUGAAACUA